AUGGCGGCCGCUCGCAAACGUCCCCGACCGGAUGAGGACACACAGGCCGAAUGUCCCUUCACGGUUACACACCCUGACCCAAAUGAAAAAGACAAAAAGUCGAAGCGCAGACGACAGGAGUCCGAGGACCAGCCGGUUCCCAAGAUACCCCUUCAAGCUACUCCAUUUUCGCCCAUGGGCAAGUUCACAAAAGACCCCAACAAUACCAUGGAUAGAUAUUACCAAGUACAUCCUUACCAGAAGUGGAUGGAUAUGACGCGGUAUAACAGUUUUGUCUUAAAUGGGGUCAAGUACUAUAGCGAGGGCUUCAUUUUUGUCGCCAAUAGUUCGACGAUUGAGCGCCAAAAGAACCCCGGCGAACCACGACCAUCGAGGCAAAAGUCUGAUGAUGAUUGGGUGGCAAGAAUACUCGAAAUCCGCGCCAGCGAUGAACACCACGUGUAUGCGCGUGUAUAUUGGAUGUACUGGCCGGACGAGUUGCCCGCGGGCACCCUGGAGGGGAAGAAAUAUAUUCAAGGGAGACAACCUUAUCACGGCCAGAACGAGUUGAUCGCGUCGAACCACAUGGAUGUCAUCAACGUUGUCAGUGUGACUGCGCAGGCUACUGUGAACCAAUGGGACGAAACAAACGAGGAUGAGGUCCAGCAGGCCUUGUAUUGGCGCCAGGCCUUCGAUGUUCGGAAUAUGGAGCUCUCGUCUGCGCAACCACGAUGUAAAUGCAACCGUCCCGAGAACCCUGAUAAGCAAUUGAUAAACUGCACGAAUAGCGAAUGCAGGAAGUGGCUACACGACGACUGUCUAAUCCACGAGGCUCUGAUGAAGACAUAUGCACGACUAGGAACGGACAAGCCUCAUAAACCAACACGUGUGAAAGCCGAAGAACCGGAGGGUGGGCAGCGGCCACUCAGUCCAAGCGAGUCAGGAGCGGCGCAAACGGCUCAGCAAUCCAUCGACGUCAAAUCAGAGGAUCAGAAGACCAUCAAGCUCUCAGAUGUCGAGGUUGGCGGGUCCUCUGCAAGUUCAGAAAGUCAAACGCUAACGGUUGCUACGGGCACGGAGACGAAGCGCAAAGGACGUCCUCGCAAAUCUGAGGUGGGCGAGGUGGUCAAUACCAAACCAUACGAGGGGCUAUUCACAGCUAUUAUUAACGACACGUCAACCCCCGUAGUCGAGAUCCAGGACCUUCGCGAGAGCGUUACAGGCGGUGAGAAAUCGUGGACGGAGCCUCUCCGCUGCCUCCUCUGCAACGCUGACAUCCAUUGAGAGGCACUGCCACAAUUCCUGACAAAGUUAAAGAGAAGGGGGUAAAAAAAAAAACAUUGGUGCAAGGUUUUCAUCCAGCGAGCUUAGCUUAUUUUCAAGGUUCUUUAUAUCUGCGGCUCUUCUGUUUCUUUGCUAUCUUGGCGUUCCGGAACGAAACAAAUGAUACCCUGCAAAUUUUGCUUUGCGGGGAAUAUUUUAGUUUUCCUAAGCUAUCUU